CACAACGUCGACCUCAACCAACACGUUGAUUACACCGCUGGUCCAAAAUUAUGUCUUACUACCCAUCGCAAUCUGGUACCACAUAUCCCUACAGCUCGUACGGAAAUUAUCCGCAGACAGCUGGCGCAUACCCAUACCAGACUGCAUACCCUCCAACCGCAGUCGCGGGUUACGGCGCAACAUGGCCCUAUCCAUACAGCUACUAUCCUCAACAUCAACAGGCCCAACAACCUGGUGCUUCAACUGCUCCUAAGCCUGCAGUCCCCUCUACUUCAACGGCCGCUGCACCAGCGCUGACGAACGUUGCUGCAACCCAACGGCAAAGACCCGCUCCGACAACAUACACUUUCACGCCGUCCUACACUCCUAUUUCAGCCGCUGCAGGAACAUCGGGCAGGUCUGGAAGAAAGCAACCGACGUUCAAAGGUCUCUUCUCGAAAGAGCUUCGCAACCUCAUGUACGGAUUCGGAGAUGACCGCAACCCCGCAAACGAUACGGUCAAUGUCAUGGAGGAGAUCUUGGUGGAAUACAUAGUAGAUGUGUGUCAAACCGCAUCUGCUUCGGGAAAGGGCAAGACACGAUUGUCGAUUGAAGAGCUACGGCGGGCAUUAUCACGGCCUGCUGACGCAAAGAAGCUUGCUAGGAUGGAAGAGCUUCUCUUCAUGCAAGAAGAUAUCAAACGCGCUCGUGCAGAGUUCGACGAAUCAGAGGUGCCACAAGGUGGCUCCUUCCAGACAUGACCGAUAACGACCUCGCAUCUGUAUAAUGUAUUGGUAUGACGACAAUAAGAUGGUGUACUUCAGUUCUCUGCAGUUCGAUACGUGCUUACUCUGGUCGACCUCAUACACGGUCGCCAUAUGUUUUCGU